AUGGAAUUGUAUAAUUUUAUUAUCCUACUUGCAUCACUGACGAGUAGUUGCUCCGCUCAAGGAGCAGACAGUUAUGGAUUAUUUUAUGCAUACAAACCGGAACUCUCUGAAGAUGCUAUACUAGUGGCUAACAACGGGAUACGAGUGCCUUUUGGGAGAUCUGUGUUUAUCGACCCUAUUAAUGAUUUGGUCAUUGAAGUUCAGCCGGGGGAUAGGUGUAGCAUAACCGUUCUGGAUAAUGAUCCGUUAUCUCAAAGACCCGGGCAGCUCUCCCCGAAAAAGUUUCCGUGUGAAUUCGGUCCAAAUGACGUGAAGUAUUCUCAUUUUGGUUCGAGAAGCCCCGCUGAGGACAGAGUAAGGCUUCAACUCAGGUAUGAUACUCAAACAGAGACGAUCAUUAUACCGUUCAUGCUGGAGGUAGAGGUCGUAUUUACUCAGCUUGAGAUAGUCACAAAAAACAUGCCGCUCACAGUUGAUAAAUUGCACGACACAAGUAAUCCCAUAGACGAAAAGAUACUGGGUUUUACUUAUGAUAGAGAUGCUGAACAGUGCGAAGUCACAUCGCUUGCAGCUGGAAGCUCUCUUCCUAGAUAUGGUAAAGUUACGGAUGAAUCCAAACUGGAGAAAAUGAUGGAUUGCGACGAAUUUAUCAAAGCAGACAUUCGUUACCAGCACACGUCAGUUCACAAGUCUCCAAACCGGGAUUAUAUCCCAAUGGUUGUUGAAUUACGAAAUAAAGAGAAUAAUCUGAUAAAACAGGAGUACUUUCAUGUCAUGGUGCGCAUACGAGAGGGAGAGGAAAAUACGCCUCCUAAACCUAGUUUUGUGGCAAUGAUGAUGAUGGAGGUAGAUCAAUUUGUGAUGACAGCCUUAACCACGGAUAUGCUAGCAGCAGAGGAUCUUGAGACCAAUCCAGAUGAUCUUAUUUUUAACAUCACUUCUCCGCUGUCCUUUGAAGAGGGUUAUAUAGUCAGCACGGAUGACAGAAAUUUACCAAUCACAUCUUUCUAUCAGAGAGACUUAAAGGAUCUGAAGAUAGCUUACAAACCACCCUCACUUGACUCCGACACAGAGAGGAUCUUUCAGAUUGAGUUUGAAGUGAUAGACACAGACGGUGGAAUCUCAGACCCAUUCGCGUUCAUGAUUGUCGUGAGGCCGAUGAACUCACUCGCUCCAGUGGUGACAAGGAAUACUGGGCAACUUUUGUACGAGGGUCAGUCCAGGUCUCUGUUUAGUCAAAAUAAUUUGGAGAUUAGUGACGAGGACAAUUUGGACAGUGUCAAGAUCACGGUUGUCGAUGGCCUACGACAUGGUCAACUCACCGUCCUGGGCUCCAGCAGAUCCUUUUUCAGUCCAGCCGAUCUUGAGCUUGGAGUAGUUGUUUAUCAGCAUGAUGGAAGUGACACCUACAGCGACAACAUUAUUUUCAGAAUGACAGAUGGUAAAAAUGAGGUGGAGUUCUUGUUCCCUAUCACUAUUGUGCCCACCGAUGACGAAUCACCUAUCAUAAAUGCCAAUACAGGACUGGUGCUGUUCAAAAAUCAAAUGAUGCCCAUUUCGCCACUAAUGCUCAGUGCAGCAGACAUUGACUCUGAAGAUUCCACUAUCAAGUUCACUAUUGAGCCUCCCCUUUCUACCAUUGGUGAGGUUUUGUUGCGUCAGUCGGAGGCUCCUGAGGACCCAUUUUCAUGGAAAUUCAAUUCAGAAGAUGGAGUGUAUGAGAAAGUAGUGACAGAGUGGCUGCAGAGAGACAUUACUGACGGAAAACUUUUCUACAGGCACACGGGUCCCCAUAUCACAGAAACCAUAACUGAUCAGUUUGUUUUCAAGGUGCAAGAUGACCAUGACCCUCCCAACCAAUCAGAUGAGAGUACUUUUGUCAUUAGAAUUCUCCCCAUUGAUGACAUUCCACCAGUUCUUUUCCCUGGCACCAGUUUGCAAAUGACAGUGCACGAGUAUGAGCUGACUCACUUCAGUAAAAACGUACUCCGAUAUACUGACUUGGACUCAGAAGACCGUGACCUGAAAUACACCAUUGUUCAAAAGCCGAUUGACACAGACAAAAACCAUCCUGUCGUUUUUGGAUCGAUCGUCUUAACAGAAAGUCCUAACACAGAGGUCACCGAGUUCACUCAAGCACAAGUGAACCAUCAUAAAAUUGCUUACAGUCCCCCUGACCUUGAGUUGGGCAUCACCGCUCAUGUGGUCCAAUUUCGUUUCACAGUAGAAGACACAGCAGGAAACAGUGUGGAGGGAACAUUCACUAUAUUCUUACAACCUGUCAAUAAUAAACCUCCACAGAUAACUAAUACUGGUUUCACUGUCUUUGAGAGAGGCACACACAUCAUCUCCAGUGCAGAGCUUGAUGCUGCUGAUCUUGAUACAGACAGUAAGCUAAUAACAUUUACUUUGAGUGAAACUCCUAAACAUGGUAAGCUCCAGCACUCAUUUGUUGACACUGACAAAGGGAAUGUUUUUAAUCUGACAAAUAUCUCUGAUGGGAAAAUCUCCUAUGUUCAAAAUGGGGACGAGACAACCAGUGACUCUUUUAAGCUGGACGUCAGUGAUGGUAUUCACGUUGUCACAGUCACCGUCAAAGUGAUCGUGAAACCCAUUGACGACGAAACACCAACCAUCUUUCUACCAGAUGGAACAAUUGGCUCCCACAUGGACGUUUUGGAAAACGGAGCCACUGAAAUCACGACCAGUGUUAUCCAAGGAAAAGACGAGGACACCGAUGAUCUGAGGCUGACAUUCAUUUUGGAGGAUGCUCCGGCUUUUGGAGAUAUCCUGGUAAAUGGUAUGCCCUCUGGAAGAUUUACCCAAGCUGAUCUCAUAAAUGGGCUGGUGGUAUAUGCCCAUACUAGUGGAGAAAUUGGCCUUGCUUCCAAGAAUGACUAUUUUAACAUAACCCUCACAGACAUGUCUGAUGAAUGGACCAUAGGGGGGAACAAAGUGAAUGGUGUCCGUGUACACGUUACCAUACUCCCUGUGGAUAAUCAAACCCCAGUGGUUUCUGUUGGACCACAGUUCAGUGUGCUGGAAGGUGAGAAAAAUGCAAUUGGUGCUGAUCAAAUAACAGCACAAGAUAUGGACACGCCCAUUGAUGACAUCCUGUGCACUAUCAUUGCCCAGCCCAUGUCGGGUUACUUAGAGAACAUUUCUCCAGCACCAGGUUCUGAGAGGUCCAGAACGGGCACUGCUGUUAGUGCUUUCACCAUAGAUGACAUCAAACACGGCCAUGUUCAUUACGUGCAAAGCAUACACAAAGGAGUCGAGCCAGUGGAGGACAGGUUCACGUUUAGAUGCUCAGAUGGUGUGAACUUCUCAGAGAUGGAGAUCUUUCCCAUUGUCAUUAUUCCUACCAAUGAUGAAAAGCCAGAGAUCUUUAUGCGAGAAUUUGUGGUGAUGGAGGGCAUGAACGUUGUCAUUGACACUCCUAUUCUUAAUGGUGUAGAUACUGAUGUUCCUGCAGAGGAGUUAACAUUCAUCAUCACUAAACCGCCCAGUCACGGUUUCAUAGUAAAUCAACUGACCACGGGCUCAGUUCCUGUCACAAACUUCACUCUCGAACAGAUCAAAGAAGCUUCUAGUAUCAUUUAUGAACAUGAUGAUUCCGAGACUACAAAGGAUAGUUUUGAUGUCACUCUUACGGAUGGAAAACAUAACGUAGAGGGUACAGUAAUGAUAAUGAUUAUUCCUGUGGAUGAUGAAACACCAAGACUGCAAAUCAAUGACGGUCUGGAAGUUGAGGUGGAGGAGACAAAGGAGCUCAGCAGCAAACAUUUAAAAGCCACAGAUCUAGACACCGAUGAUGAAGCUCUCACCUUCAUCAUACGCUUUGGCCCUGCCCAAGGCUUACUGCAGAGGAAAACCGCAUCUGGAUCUCUGGAGAACAUUACAGUUGGCAUGAAUUUUACGCAGGCUGACUUGGACCAAGAUCGCAUGUUUUACACCCACACUGGACAAGAGGGCAUCAGAGAUCUUGUAAAAUUUGAUGUGACAGACGGCAGCAACCCCCUGAUAGACAGGUACUUCUACAUUACUGUGGGUAGCAUUGAUAUGGUUUUCCCUGAUGUUAUCAGCAAAGGUGUGUCCCUGAAGGAAGGAGGUAGAGUGACACUUACCACAGACCUACUCAGCACAAGUGAUAUCAAUAGUCCAGAUGAAAACCUGGUCUUUACUGUAACAAGAGCCCCGGUCAGGGGACAUUUGGAAUGCACUGACACCCCUGGAAUGCCCAUUGUUACCUUUACCCAGCUCCAGUUGGCAGGGAGCAAAAUCUACUAUGUCCACACCUCAGACGAUGAAAUCAAAAUGGACAGCUUUGAAUUUGAGGUAACGGAUGGCUACAACCCCGUGUUCCGAACCUUCCGUGUGUCUAUAGUAGAUGUGGACAAUAAGAAGCCUGUUCUGACAGUACGUCAGCUUGUGGUGACAGAGGGACAGAAUAAGCUUAUCACACCUUUUGAGCUGACAGUGGAGGACCAAGACACAGCAGAACACCUCCUGAAAUUCACUGUCACCCAGCUGCCAGUUCAUGGAAAACUCCUUUUCAACAAUAGCCAACCUGUCACUUCCUUCACAAAGCAGGACCUGAAUGAGAACAUGAUCAGCUACAAACACGAUGGCACAGAAUCAGAGAAAGACAGCUUUUCCUUUACGGUGACCGACGGGACACAUACAGAUUUUUAUGUCUUCCCCGACACUGUGUUUGAGACUCGCCAUCCACAGACCAUGAAGAUCACCAUUGUGUCAGUGGACAAUGGUAUACCACAGAUCGUGGUGAACAAAGGUGCUCCAACCCUGAAAAUCUUGUCCACUGGUCACCUCGGUUACCCAAUUACCAGCAAGGCUUUGAAAGCGGAGGAUAGAGACAGCCCUUCAGAAGCCCUGAUCUUUCAUAUAACUGCACAGCCAGAACAUGGUUUCCUUAUCAACCUUGCCAAAGGGAACGAUUCAAUCAGCACUUUCAGCCAAGCUGACAUUGAUGAUCUGAAGAUUUGCUAUGCGCUGAAGAAUGAAGCCAAUGCUACCAGCGAUGUUUUCCGCUUCUCUGUGGAGGACAAUGGUGGAAAUAAGCUGAAGAACCAACGCUUCCACCUCAACUGGCCCUGGAUCUCUCUUGCGCAGCAGAGCUACGUGGUGGAUGAGCAGGCUAAAGUCCUGGAGGUGAUCCUCAGACGCAGGGGUUACCUCGGAGAGACUUCUUUUGUUGGAAUCACCACCCGGGAUGGAAGCGCAGAGAAGGAGAAAGACUUCCGAGGAAAGUCUCAGAAACAGAUUCAGUUCAAUCCGGGUCAGACCACGGCCACGUGGAAAGUGCGGAUCCUGUCCGACGGCAAGUAUGAGCAGUCCGAGACCUUCCAGAUCGUUCUGUCUGAGCCAGUCAUGGGUGCUCUCGAGUCCCCGGCGGACGCCACAGUUGAGAUUGUGGACCCAGGAGACGAGUCCACCGUUUUCAUCCCACACUCCAUGUUUGCUAUCGAGGAAGAUGUUGGCGAGCUUCUCAUCCCCGUGCGUAGGACUGGUGAUGUCAGCGAGGAACUCAUGGUCGUCUGCCACACGCAGCAAGGUUCUGCCACGGGCACGGUGCCCAGCACCGUGUUAUCUUUCUCUGACUACAUCUCCAGGCCCGAGGAGCAGUCCAGCGUGCUGCGCUUCCAUAAAGACGAGACCGAUAAGCACUGCCGCGUCGUCGUCAUCGACGAUUCCCUGUACGAAGCCGAGGAGUCCUUUAACGUCACCCUCAGCCUGCCCGUGGGGGGGCGUCUGGGGUCAGAGUACCCCACGGCCCUCGUCAGGAUUCUCCCCGACCAGGACGACGCUCCUGUGUUCUAUUUCGGAGAGUCGGAAUACCACGUGGACGAGAGUGCUGGACACGUAGAGGUGAAAGUUUGGAGGACGGGCACGGACCUCUCCAAAACUGCCACGGUGACCGUGCGCUCCCGCAAGACAGACCCUUUGUCUGCUGAAGCUGGCGUGGACUACGUCGGAAUCAGUCAAAACCUGGACUUCGCCCCCGGCGUCAACAUGCAGACGUUCCGGGUCACCAUCCUGGAUGAUUUGGGCCAGCCGUCUCUGGAAGGGACGGAGAAGUUUGAGCUGGUCCUUCGGAUGCCCUCGAACGGCAUUCUCGGAGAGCCGGGAAAGGCCACUGUCUUCAUUAACGAUUCCAUCUCAGAUUUGCCAAAGGUGCAGUUUAAACAGGCUGAGCUGUCAGGGGAAGAAAGCCAGGGUCACAUCACUGCCAUAGUGCACCGCAGCGGGGACAUCAGUCACAAAUCCAGUGUGCGCUGCUACACUCGACAGGGCUCCGCCCAGGUGGCCGUCGACUUUGACGAGCGACCGAACACCGACGGCUCCGUCGUCACCUUCUCACCUGGGGAGACAGAGAAGCCUUGUGUCCUGAAGCUGGUUGAUGACAAGAUUCAUGAGGAAGAGGAAGAGUUGAGGCUGGUGCUGGGGAAUGCUAAGAGCGAGUCGCCAUUUGGCGCAGCCAUAGGACGCCAGAACGAAAUUCUCAUUAAGAUAAAAGAUGACACAGACAAACCUGUUAUUAAGUUUACGGAGAUCAAGUUCAGCGUGAGUGAACCAAAGGAGUCUGGACAGGUGUCAGUGGUGAGGAUCCCAGUGCAGAGGCAAGGGGACGUGUCUAAAGUGUCUGUUGUUCGAGUGCACACCAAGGAUGGCUCAGCCAGAUCAGGAGAGGACUACAAUCCUAUUUCUGAAGAUAUUGAGUUUAAGGAGGGCGACACGGAACACGUGAUAGAAGUGGAAGUCUUGUUUGACGGAGUACGAGAAAUGAGAGAGGCCUUCACAGUCCAUUUGAAGCCUGAUGAGAACAUGGUGGCCGAGAUCCAGAUGACCAAAGCCAUUGUGUAUAUUGAGGAAACCAACAGUAUGGCUGAUGUCACGUUCCCCUCGUUGCCUCAUGUUGUGUCUCUGUUACACUACGAUGAUGUGGCCAGGACCAAAGCCAACGCCCACCCACCUGCAGGCUACCCUGUCGUCUGCGUCACGGCCUGCAACCCGAAAUAUCCUGACUAUGACAAGACGGGUUCCAUCUGCGUGAGCGAACACAUUAACAACACCCUGACCCGUUACCGCUGGCUCAUCAGCGCCCCCAGCGGGCCGGACGGCGUCACCAGCCCCAUGCGCGAGGUGGACUUCGACACCUUCUUCACCUCCACCAAGACGAUCACCCUGGAUUCCGUGUACUUCCAGGCCGGCUCCCGGGUCCAGUGCGCUGCCCGGGCGGUCAACUCCGACGGAGACGAGGGCUUGGAGCUUAGCAGCCCUAUAGUGUCGAUCAGCGCGGAGGAGGGGAUGUGCCAACCUCGUAAAGCGGGAACAGUUGGCGCCGAGCCUUUCUCUGCCAAGCUGCGUUACACAGGCUCUGAAGAUCCUGAACAUGCCAACCUUGUUAAGCUUACUGUCACCAUGCCCCAUAUCGACGGCAUGCUGCCUGUAGUUUCAACGCGCUCUCUGGCCAACUUCGAUCUGACACUGAGUCCCGACGGUACCCGGGUGGGAAACCACCGCUGCUCCAACCUGCUCAAUGUCAACGAAGUCACGACACGCCACAGCUUCCUGACGGAGGCGACCCGGAACCCUGAGAACGUUGGGGAGACCUCACCAUACCAGUACAGCGUCCCCUUGAGAGGACUCAACACCCUUCGCUUCUACAGGAACCUCAACCUGGAGGCUUGUCUGUGGGAGUUUGUCAGUUACUAUGACAUGUCUGAACUGCUCACCGACUGUGGGGGGACUAUAGGCACAGAUGGGCAGGUGCUAAACCUGGUGCAGUCGUACGUGACCCUGCGAGUUCCCCUCCACGUCUCGUACGUUUUCCACUCCCCCGUGGGCACCGGCGGGUGGCAGCACUUUGACCUGCAGUCAGAGCUACGCCUAACGUUUGUGUACGACACCGCCAUCCUGUGGAAGGACGGCAUCGGCAGUCCCCCGCAGGCUGAGCUCCAAGGCAAUGCAGGGGCCCUGUACCCAACCAGCAUGCGUAUCAAUGAGCAGGGAAGGCUUGCUGUAAACUUCCGAACAGAGGCUCGUUUCAGGGGUCUGUUUGUGGCAACGCACCCUGCAACUCCUUUAUCCUCCAUGGUAAUGAGUGUGGACCACCCCGUCCUCACCUUUAACCUGAGUCUGGUGAGGAGUGAGCCCACGUAUAACCAGCCUGUGCAGCAGUGGACCUUCACAUCUGACUUUGCCGUACGGGAUUAUUCAGGAACCUACACGGUGAAGCUGGUGCCGUGUACAACAGCCAUGAACUUGGAAUACACUGUACCACCUGUCUGUAAUCCCAGGGAGCCUGUUACUUUUGAUCUGGACAUCCGUUUCCAGCAGGUGAGUGACCCUGUGGCUGUGGAAUUCAGCCUGAACACUCAGAUGUUUCUCCUGUCGAAGAGGGCACUGUGGCUAUCGGAUGGGUCUCCGAACUUUGGGCAGGAAAGUGACGCUCACUUCUCAGAGGGCGAUACGAUCUAUGGCCGAGUGAUGGUUGAUCCUGUGCAGAACUUGGGCGAUUCCUUUUACUGUAACAUUGAAAAGGUGUAUUUGUGCACGGGUGCUGACGGUUAUGUCCCCAAAUACAACCCGACUAAGUUCGAGUUUGGCUGCCUAGCAGACUCCCCUUCCCUGCUCUACAGAUUCAAAAUCAUUGAUAAAGCUCAGCCAGAGACACAAGCCAAGACUUUUGGUGACAUGGGUUUCAAUGCUGUCUUGGCUGUGGAUGACCCAUCAGCAGCCUCUUUAGUGCGCCAGCCGGGAUCAGAUGGGUUCAGGCUAGACUCAACACCUAUGUUCCAGGUGGCAGCAGGUAGGGAAUGGUACGUUCACACUAUUUAUACUGUGCGGUCAAAGGACAACGCCAACCGCGGGAUUGGCAAGAGAAGUCUGGAGUACCACGCUCUUGUGUCUGGGAACACUAUUCCUGUGGAGGUAGGACAUCGCCAAAAGAGAUCUACCCGAGAGGUGCCCGAGUUGGCCGAGGAAAUCGGCUCGGAGAACAACAGGGGCACAAACAUCAUGCACAUUGCGUUGGAUCGCUCCCGGCGACGGGCGAGCAGCGAGAACGAGCUACUGGCAGAGAGCGUCGCCCCUCGGGAGGUGAGAGGCGGAAACGGCGACGAGGACGUCGUGACAAUCAUAGGUUGCCUCGUGGGGUUUCUGAUCGUGAUCCUUCUUAUCGUCGUCGCCGCCCUGGCCGUACACUCUCGGAGGAACGCGGCGAAAGACGCGCCAAAAGUCACGAGCAGCCUGGAGCCUGUCUUAGUGGCACGAUUGUGCGAUAACAGUGAUAGUUCAGAGGUUUGA